CAAGGAAAGUCUACUGUUGUCCCUGGUGAUGUUUCCUUCGGCUACGGGCCGUUGUCAUGAGAGGUACUGAGAAGGGAGAGCAUCGAAGCAUUGGAUGCUGUGGUAGGGCGCUAGUGACGAUCGUAUUUUGAAAGCAAAUAUAUAUCCCAGGUUCCCCUGAUUUUUGUAGAAGUCCUUUGCUGCCAAAACCUUCUACAACCACUAUAAAUCUGAGACAGACAUGAAUAAAGCUGCGAGAUACCGAUUCUAACGUGUCGGAAAAAGACCCGAACCCAUCAUCAAUGCCCCUCACCCUCCAAUAGGCAAGACUUCCCCCCAAAUCCUUCUUCCCACGAUUGCGUGCUCAGGACGGUACGGCAGAUUUCUCGUUAGCGGAGCGGUACGAUUGGCUCUCCAUGGUUACCCGCGGUCUGCUACACAACGCCACUCAUGCAGUUUGCCAUAAUGGUGGGAUGGCAAAAGGCCUAAGGCUUGCCCUGGGCGUUCCGCAAGGAAAAUAUAUCCUGAAGGAUGGGAAGGGGAAUAGCGGGGCCUUGAUACCGGGCGAUGAAUCGGAGGCGGGAUCCUCUGCCGGUAGGACGAUUAGGACGAAACCCUUGGCUUUCGUAGUUCUUCCUUUCAGACCGCGUUCCAUGGGACUGUUGACCUCGCCGGUUUCUCCAUUUAACUUUGAAACCCCUGAAGACAUUCAAGGCCGCUCUGAAUCGAGCUCAACAACACCCCUACUUCCGGGCCGUGGCAAAGGCACCAAAAAGCCUGAAAGAAUGACCUACACCAUCCAACAUGAUGAUACCCUUCAUGUCGCUUCUAGCGACUGGUACUUUGGGCAUGAGACCUUGACUGUCAUCUAUCCUCCUCACAUCAAUCAUGCUGAGGACGAGACAGAUGACCAAGAUUACCAAUCCCCGUCGGUCAUCAUCGUUUACGACAGCGACAAUGAGGACGACAGAAGCAUGACUGAUGCAGCUGGCAUGAGCUCAGACUUCGAUUCGGACAGCGAAUAUAGCGGAUCGCAACGGGAGCAUGUUUCCGACGUCACAACUAUCAGCGUCUCGACUGGAGGCGAUUUCUCCAUUAACGACCUCGUGACGCAGCAUAGCGGACUGACUUUGGAUGUCAGCUUCCCUUCGACGGUAUCUGAGCGCGACUUGGGAAGCAUAAUGGAGCUAGGGGUUCUUCAGCCCAUGGUGAAUGCCAUGUUGGUUCCUUCCUUGGAUCUGACUGGCGCGACCGACGUACAUUCGGAUGACGAGGACCUAGGAUGCACCCAUGCGAUAAGCGGAGUGGCCUGCCAUUGUCUGACGGCUCGAAAUCUUGAUGCCGUCCAAGAUAUCUUGAAGGAGCUGCGAAGGGUCGAAAGUCGAGAGCUGAGAAGGCAUGAGGCGACUGAGUGGCAUCAUCCGCGGAGCGAGGCGGACAGAAGAAGCGACCAAGCAUGGGAAGAGUUGACAGUGGAUCUCCUUUUCUAG